GCUAUAACGUAAACACGUGUGGAGUGCGGUCGCCGCACGUUUUAUUAUUUUCGGAUUUACUUUGGAUAUUGUUUAAAGAAAAGAACAGAAAGACAACCCAAGAUGAGUACCGCGUUGGCCCAGCAGCUGCAGAAACUGACGGCGCCCCAGUCGUCGAUUACUUUGGCGGACGCCCGGAGUCGCGCCUCCGUGCUCUUCGAUCCCAAGGAGGCGGCCAAGAAGGACAGGCGCUCCAUCUACAAUAUCGGCAUAACAGGACUGCAAGAGCUUACAGAGUUCAAUCCAGACUUUAAGGAGUUCCAGCUGACGCUCUUCGAUGAGGCCACAUUGACGCUGGAGCGAUCCGUCGAGCUGCCGGAGGUCAACAAGAUGCUGGACGCGGCCAUUGGCAAGUUCCUGCGCCUGCUAUCGCCCUACCUCCUGCUGCGCCCCGCCCAUUUGGCCUUCGAGUGGCUGCUCCGACGGUUUCAGGUGCACGAGUACAACCGCCGCGAUGUGAUGGCCUUGAUCCUGCCCUACCACGAGACCAAGAUCUUCGUCAUGAUCCUACAGACCAUGCGACUCCGGUCAUCGGAUGCCGACUGGUACUGGCUGCGUCCGCUUCAGCGUCCUGGCGUCUCGCUGGCCAAGACGACCAUCAUCAACAGGGCCUCCAACAAUCCCGCCUUCCUGAGCUUCAUCUGCCAGAGCACCCAGAAGGCGGUCAAGGAACUGGGUCCGAGAGCCCACCAACUGCAGGCCCAGAUCAACUUCUAUGCCACCGUCGUUGUGGGUGCCCUACAAACAGCUAAACCCCUGGAGGAUUGGCACAUCACCACUAUUCUGGAGUCCUUGCUCCGCGGUCUGGUGUCUGAUAACAUCGAUUUCAUGGCUGCCGCCUAUGUGAUCGUCGCCCAGCUGGUUUCGCGCACCAAGCUGAAAAGCAAGGUCUGCAAUGCCUUGUUGGAUCGCGUAGCCAACUGCCCUUUCGAGAGGCUGCACAACGAGUCCCUGCUCCUGCUCGUGUGCAUCUAUGGCAAACAGAAGGCUGCUGUGCCACACUUUAAGCCAGAGACCGUCCUGAAUCUCGUGGGCCAGAAGUGGCUCAUCCCGGCUCUGGCUUCGCUGGCCAAAGGCAACAUCGCCAUUCAGUCCAUCUGCAUGCCACUUGUGACGGCAGCCGUGGUCGCCAUUCGGGAGCAGGACCACGCCUCCAACUCGUGCAAACUGCUCCUGGACAACCUGCUCUCGGAAGUGCCAAUGGCAAAGCCGACUGCCCAGGAACUAAUCAAUUGCUUUCUGGAUACUUUUGUGGAGGCGGAGAGUAAGUUACCAGAGCCCAUGGACACCACGCCACCCGAAAAUGACGAUACCAUCGUAAUUGAUUCUGAUGAUGAGCCUGAGACGGAGAAGACUAGCUUUCAAACCUGGUAUUCCGCUUACCUAGAAAAGAUGGAGAGGCGCUAUCCGGAAGCUUUUGACCUUAGUGUCAAAGAGGCUCUCAGAGCCGUAUCCAGCACAAACAAUCGCAAGAAGGCCUUAAAGUUGGCCUUAGGUUUCCGACUCAACACCUCCGAUGAAAAGGCAAAAAACGCAUAUGAGAAGCUCUACCACUACAGCGCUGACUGGCGUCUGAGUGCCGUACAACAACUGCUUAAAAACCUCAAGAUAACUAAGAAGCGGGAGCGAAGCGUGAAGCUGCUGCAGGAAUGUCUGCCUGACAGGAUUAAUGAUGACAGUGGCGCUGUUGUGUCGGCGGUGCUCUCACUGACCACGGACGAGCUGAGCGAGAUGCUGGGCCCUCUUCCCCUGGCCCAAACGCUGUGCCGUCUGUUACACCGCGCCCAUUCCGAAAAGGAGCAGGAGUGGCAGUCUGUGGUUCCUCUGGCUGUUCAACACUUAACCUCAGCCACCGUUUGCGACUUCUACGACAAAAAUCUGGUCUUACUGGCACUUAUGCCGCUACUCUUCCCUGGAGAAGCUUUGGCGAAGCACGAGCACAAGGCUCUGCUGAUCCUGCUCGGCAGUGAUUUUGCCAGUAAAGUUCCAUUUUUGGCAGACCUCAAAGUGAGCGCCGAAUUUAGCGAUUUUAAACCCAACGAGCAUCGUCAGCACUUCUUGGAUGUAAUUGCGAGCAGCAGUGAGGAGUUACUCAGUCAAGAACGGGCACUACUUCAAAGCGUAGAGGAUCAUGGAGGAGAAGCCUUCAUACAGGAAGCAUCCCAGCUAACUCAUCUCCUAUUGCUGCUGACUGCCUACGCGAAGAGGAACCUUCAACCUCAGGAAAGCCUUCACAUGCUGGAGAAAGUUGAGCUUUACAGUCGGCGCAUCCAGUUCCGUGUGGUUACCGGAAAUCGCAACACCCAGAAUUUCGCCCCACUCCAAUUGUAUGUGGACUUCCUUUUGACUUUGGUUAAGAACACCAAAUGGACAACUCUAGCUUCAACGCCUUGGAAUCAGUUAACGGAGGAACUUCGUCUCUUUCUGCGGCUGUUGGAGACAAUAUGCGCCCAGGUCUUCUCGGAACGGGCCGAUCAGCCAGAGCGUCAAGAGUGGACGCGUGCCCUGCAGCAAAGUUUCCAACUUAUUCUGCCGAAGGCUCAAGACAAGCUGGAUCUGCUGACCAACUUCUAUAUCUUCGAGCGACUGCCGGAGCUAUGGCCUCGGGACUCGGACUAUGCCGUGUUCCGUUUGCAUGGUUUCCUGCUGUUGGACGCUGUUCUCUCCAACCCAAAAUCCCAGCUAGAGUGCAGUCUGGUUCAUGUGUUGCGGGUGGCCAACGCCUGCGGAUCGCCCCUACAAACUCUGCGAGUACAGGCUCUCAACACCCUGCAGUUGAUCAGCAAUCGCAAACUUGUGUCCCAUGUCGAGCAAUUUGUGCGAUCGUUGCUGCAGCGCAAGAGCGAGUUGGGCAUGGAUCACGAACAGUAUGCCCUGAUUCUAUACACCAUUCUGGAGCCAGAGAAGGCCACUGCCAAGGAGAAGCUGGUCCUGUCCAAGCUACGAAGAGCUGUUCUAGCAUUGGCCUGCGAUCCCGAGCAGCCGCCUAUCAGUACUGCAGCUCUGCUUGCGGCCCUUAAGCACGUCAACGAUGAGCAUUUCCUAUCCGAAUUACUACCGCUGGGAUUUGAAUCCCUGAAGAAGAUUACAGCGGGCGAUGGCAACCAGCACAUAAAACAGCUGCCGUGGCCUCAUAACGAAAUCUACAAGUCGGUGAUGGAGAAGUUCGAGGGAAGUGUAGCAGUGAACGUCUUACUCCGUAAGGAUCUAACUUGGAAGCUGUUCGAGGAGAGUUUCGCCCAUCACGAUACCUACGUUCAACUGGAGCAGAAGCUUCAACCUCUUCCCUGUGUCUUGUUGAAUAGCCUGACACCGGAGACAUUUGAGCAACUGCAGUCGAAGCAUAAAGUGGCUUUCAUCAAGCUGAUCAUAGAAGCAGCCACCAAGUCGGAUAACGAUAGCAUUUUCCUGGCCAGUCAUCGAUUGCUGAAACGCUGCCGUUUGGAAUGCCAGCCACUUGUGCCAAUGCUGUUGGAUAUGGCUAAGAAGACGCCAGCCAGGCGAGGGACGGUAGUUACAACCAAACUGGAUCUAACCAACCCAGCUUGGAAACACGGAAUAACUCUUCUGGAGCUUCUGGAACACAAGAAGAUAUUGGUUGGUGCUGAGCUUUUGAUUCCUCCGCUUUUCGAUCUACUCGGGACAUGUGUGAAUUUGGACGAGCAGAGUUCCGUCGAAUAUCCAAAGCAGCUGUUCCUCUCCAGCUUGAUGCACUGCUGCCAAACGGCCAAGUUGGCCGGAGUGCAGAUUGUUAAGGCCGUGCCCGAAGCCCUCUUCCGCGUCGAUUUUGCUGUGCAGGCUCUGAGGAACACACGCAAUCCGCAGACUCAGCAGCACGCCCUGAUCUUCCUGACCCACUGUGCCGCCAUGUAUCCGCAGCAGGUGCUGCUCAGGAUCGUCGAGAUCUUUACGUUCGUGGGAUCCUCGGUCGCAAGACACGACGAUGCCUUCAGUCUCCACAUAAUUCACAAUGUGGUCGAGACUAUUAUACCCAUACUGCUACUUAAUACUGGACACAAAGAGCUGGUUAUUCCUGUGCUCAAAGUGUUUGCUGAUAUAUGCGUGGAUGUGGCGGCCCAUCGGAGACUGCCUCUUUAUGCCACCCUGUUUCGAGUUCUUGAACCCAAAGAGCAUCUCUGGCAGUUCUUGUGCAUUGUAUUUGAGAAACAAGUGCUUCUGGAGAAUACCGCAUCUACGGACAAAUCCCGAUUGGACUUUGCCCGUGAAGUAACGCUGAUGUUUGAGGAUCCCACGGUUGUUUUGCAGACGUGCAUCAAUCUGUUGGAUUACCUGGCCAAGUUGCCGGCCAACAAGAGUGACCUUUCGGAGGGCAAAGGUUCCUCCUCGCCGGAACAUGAGCUCUUUGACGCGCGCACCCGAACGUUUAAGCAGCUUCGCCACUACAAGUACCUAAUAAUUGACUUCCUCUCUGGAAUCAGCAGCUGCGACGAAUGGCAGGCGAAGAUGAAAGUGCCCGAUCCCCGUAAACUACUGCAGUGCUAUCAGGAAUUUAUCCUAAAGGCGCUCGCUUAUGUGGGCGUGGUUAAUGCAGCGGUGGAAGCAUCUAGCGAUACGCCAAAUCUAGAGAAGUUCUGGCGGGUGCUUGGAAACCAUGCGCACGAUGUUUUGGACAACGCCAUCGCUCUACUGGCACCAGAACACUUCCUCAGCGUGAUCACCGAACUAUUGCAGCACGAUCAUUUGUAUGUGCGCAUCAAGGUGUUGGAGUUAUUAGUGACCAAGUUGGGCCUCGCAAGCGAAUACUUCCUGGAAACUGAAGCCAAACGCUUCGGUGUGCUCUUCGUCCCAUUGCAGGACAUCAUCGACGGGAUCCUGGAGGGCGGGUCUAGUAGCGCUCAGCAGGCUAAGCUGCAACAGACUGCGCUCCAUGCUCUUCAGCUCUUGGCCUACCGCUUCGGACAAGAGUUCAUCGAGGAGUGCCGCUCCCUACUGGCCACUCUGACCAAGAUCACCAAGCGGCGGGCGAAUGUGCCCAAGGCAGUGGUGGGCAAUGUUGUGCUAACCCUAGUCGAGAUCUGCGCAAGUCUCAAGGCCCAUGCCUUAGCCCAGUUGCCCAAGUUCGCCCCGCAGCUUACCGAGCUUCUAAAGGAACAGGUUCACCAGAUGGCCACGCUCAAACAAGGACCGGACUACGUCUGUUCAACCCUGGUCUCUGCUCUCCACAAGCUAUUUCAGGCGUUGCCGCUCUUCCUGGGACCCUAUUUGGUGGACAUCAUUGCUGGCUUGGCACGGCUCUCCGUGCAACUGGACAACCCCCUGCUGCUGCAGGAUAAACGCGCCCAAGGGGUAAAGCAGCAACUUGGGGAAGUUUUUUCCGCGGUUGCCCAGGGCGUGCAGGUGCGCAUCCUGGUUCCCAGUUGCGCAAACGCCUUCACCAGCCUAUUAGAGGAGCAAGCUUAUGAUGAGUUGGCACAACUGAUGCAGCAGCUCCUGCGCCAGGUCAUUCGACACAAUACCACGGCGCAAAUGUAUCCUGUUCAGGAUUCACUUAGCGAGUUGUUCCUGCAAGCGCUUGAUUUCCGUCUGCAUGUACGUGGACGCAAACUGCAAAGGCAGCUGGUUUCAGAUGUGGAGGCUGCCGUUGCCGAGACUUUUGUGACAUGGAUCCUAAAGUUGUCGGAGACGAGCUUCCGUCCCAUGUACGCCCGUGUGCACAAGUGGGCGCUGGAGAGCAGAUCGCGGGAAACGCGUCUCACCUACUUCCUGCUGACCAACCGGAUCGCCGACGCUCUGAAAUCCCUGUUUGUGCUCUUUGCCAGCGAAUUUGUGGAAGACUCCUCGCGCUUACUAACGGAGGUCAAUUCGAUCCGCCCGGAAUUCGAAGCCGGAGACACGGAAGAUGAUGUCGAGCUGUUGACAGCAGUCCUGAACACUCUGCAUAGCGUUUUCUUAUACUGCAGCGAGGACUUUAUCAACGAGCACCGCUUCAACGCACUGAUGUCGCCGUUGGUUGAUCAGUUGGAGAACAAUCUGGUGCUGGGCAAUGAUGCGCUGCAGCAAGUUCUCAGCAACAGCAUCGCCCAGCUGGCGGCGGCCACCAACGAUGUUAUGUGGAAGCAGCUCAACAGCCAAGUGCUCCUCAAGACCCGCACCCCAACGCCCGAAGUGCGGAUUUUGGCCUUCAACAGCUGCGUGGCUAUCGCCCGCAAGCUGGGAGAGAGUUACGCACCCCUUCUGCCGGAGACAGUUCCCUUCAUCGCCGAACUGCUAGAGGAUGAGCACCAGCGCGUGGAGAAGAACACGCGCAGUGCGGUGCAGGAGCUGGAGACCAUUCUUGGCGAGCCGGUGCAAAAGUAUCUGUAGUUAUGAAAGUGUUUAUAGCAACUAUAAAGUGUUAACUAUAUAUUCUUAUAUGAUCAAAUAAAAAUGUUCUUGUAAUUUUCAAAAA